AUGGGAGUGCCUUCGUUCUACCGGUGGCUCGUGGAGAAGUACCCCAACAUCGUCGCCCCCGCCGUCGAGGAAGAAGACUGUCCUGCUGGUGGCGGCGCCGCCGUUUACUUCGACAACCUCUACCUGGACAUGAACGGCAUCAUCCAUCCCUGCUUCCACCCGGAGGACCAGACGGCGUGCCCUCCUCCGGCGACGUUCGACGAGGUGUUUCAGUCCAUGUUCGACUACAUGGACCUCCUGCUCCGCAUCGUCCGGCCCCGGAGGCUCCUCUACCUGGCAGUAGAUGGCGUCGCCCCUCGCGCCAAGAUGAACCAGCAGCGGGCCAGGCGCUUCAAAUCCGCCAAGGCCGCCAAAGAGGAGCUUGAGGAGAAUCUCAUGAGGGAGAGGUUCAGGGCUCAGGGGAAGGAGGUGCUGCCGCGGGACGAUACACCACGUGAGGUUUCAGACCCCAAUAUUAUCACUCCCGGUACCGAGUUCAUGGAGAAGCUGUCAGCCGCACUCGAGUAUUACGUCCGAGCACGGUUGAGCAGCGAUCCCCGGUGGAAAGACGUCAAGGUGAUACUCUCUGAUGCAAAUGUUCCUGGAGAAGGGGAGCAUAAGAUCAUGUCAUUCAUCCGUGGGCAACGGAGCAUGGAGAACUAUGAUCCGAGCACUCGCCAUUGUCUCUAUGGGCUGGAUGCGGAUUUGAUAAUGCUCGCUUUGGCGUCUCAUGAAGUCCAUUUCUCGAUUUUGCGUGAGGACGUGCUACGCCAAAAUCACCAGCCAGAUAUUUGUGUUCCAGUGACUGGUAGAAGUUUUACAGCCCAAGAGUUACCAAAAGUAAAGUGCAGAGGCUGGUUCCCCAGGAUAACAGAGGCAAGAUCUAAGGGCAAGUUGCCCAAGAAACCGUAUCAGUUCCUCAACAUAUGGGUUCUGAGAGAGUACGUGGAGCUUGAAAUGACUAUACCGGGUUGCAAGCAGGACAUUGAUAGGCUGAUCGACGACUUCAUAUUUAUUUGUUUCUUGACGGGAAAUGAUUUCAUUCCACACAUUCCUUCACUCGAGAUACAUGAAUAUGCAGUCGAUCUUCUCAUUGACGUGUACAAAACCACGUACAACAAAAUGGGGGGUUAUAUUGUUGAUACUGACAAAAUAAAAGAUAAGCAUGCUGUGAAAAUCUCAAGGUUGGAGAAGUUCCUCCAUGAACUCUCGUUGCAUGAAGAGAAAAUAUUUCUCAAAAGAUUUGAACUGCGAGAGAAGUUACUUUGCAAGAUACAGUGUCAAGCUGCCGAAGAUGAAUGGAACGAAAGAAACUAUGGCAUUGUGGAAGAAAGUGCAGAUGGCCUUGAACGAGAGAGUAUCUCUGCUUGCAAUGAUGACAAGCCUGAUGUUACUGAAAAUACCUCAGAGCUGAAGAGAAAUUUAAAGGAUAAGCUGCGUAGUAAGCAAGAUCUUUUCAAAAAUGGAUCCUUUAAACAUGACAGGAUAAGACUGGGAUUGCCAGGAUGGAAAUCCCGGUUCUACAAGGAGAAGUUCGGUGCUGAAACCUCUAACGAAAUUGGGAGGCUACAGACUGAAAUGGUCCAGAAAUAUUCAGAAGGAUUGUGUUGGGUGCUCCGAUACUAUUUUUCUGAUGUGCCGUCAUGGAGUUGGUACUAUCCAUUCUAUUAUGCUCCUUUCGCAUCGGAUCUGAAACGCCUGUCACAGUUCAAGAUAUCUUUCACCGUGGACAAACCACUACGACCAUUUGAUCAGCUAAUGGCAGUGUUGCCACCAGAAAGCUCAUGUGCCCUUCCAAAAUGCUACAGCAAAUUAAUGGGCUGUGAAGAGUCUGCGAUACAAAUGUUCUACCCGUCAGAUCUGGCGAUUGAUACUCAUGGAAAACGCUUCUUGUGGCAAGGUGUUGCAAAGUUGCCAUUUAUAGAUGUGAAGCUGCUGCUUUCAGCAACCAAAACAGUAGAGAAAGAUCUUGCAUUGCAUGAAAUGAGGAGGAACACUAUCCGGCAAGAGAAGAUCUUACUGAGGAACUCAAACUCUCUGGCAAAUAAUGCAGCAUUUGCGCCAAUAUCCGAGAAGAAGAUUCUGAUAUCCACCAGGUACUUGGAAAUCUGA